AUGGCUUGCAAUAUAAGACUUCCUCUACUGGAAAACCAGUUAACUUGUCCAAUAUGCCUGGAGGUAUUUAAGGACCCAGCCAUGCUGCAGUGUGGACAUUCCUACUGCAGAGACUGUUUAUGGGGGUUGAUGAAGGAAUCCCACAUCAUUCUGUUGUGCCCCGUUUGUCGCCAGGAAGUGGAUUACAGUUCCUCACCUCCCAAUGUUACAUUAAAGCGCCUUAUUGAGACCCUGAAGCUAUUGAGUGAGGAGCAAGCUGCAGCUGAGAUAUGCCCAAAUCACAAUAACCCCCUCAGCCUGUACUGUGAGCAAGAUCAAGAAGUUAUAUGUGGCCUUUGCGGGACUAUUGGCGACCACAAGCACCACCACUUCACGCCACUAACAAGUGUGUAUAGUAGAAUGAAGGAAGAUGUGUCUACACUGAUGACUGAGCUGCAAAAAGAGAGGAGGGCUCUGGAAGAGCAGAUAAGCAAACUCACCAACAACAAGACCCGUAUCACAAAUGAAUCAGAUGUCUUUCAGCGCCUAAUCUGCAAGGAGUUCCAGGUGCUGCAGAGAUACAUUGCAGAGGAAGAAGAUCACUUUCUUAAGUUAGUUUCCAGGAAAGCUACAGAGCUGAUCAGCAACAUUGAGAUUCAAUUAAAGCAAAAAAAUGAAAUCCUGUGCUCUGUACUGGAGAAAGAAAGACAGCUGGAGAUCCUGGGAAAUAAGAAUCACCUGCACUUCAUUCAGGUGAGACUUUCCACCAAAAGCUGUCAACCACCAAGCCCACGCAGUGUGGACACAACCUAUAGCCCUGUUUCUUUCAAGCCUGGUUUCCGUCAGGAUGACAUCAAACUGACAGUAUGGAAACGUCUGCAACGCAGAAUUCUUCCUCCUCCAGAGAUUUUGAAACUCGACCCUCUCACUGCACAUCCUUUCCUGGAGUUGGCAAAAGGGGAUACUGUUGUUCAGUGCCGAUCACUAGCAAGCCGACGUGGCAGCAAUCCUGAGGGCUUUGAAAACAGCAGCUGUGUGCUGGCAACACGUGGUUUUUCUACUGGCAAGCACUACUGGGAAGUGAUUGUUGGCACCAAACCAAAGUGGAGAAUUGGUGUGGUGAAGGGCACUGUAAGUCGCAAAGGCAAAUUGGUUAGAGCUCCGGAAGCAGGAGCUUGGCUCAUAGGGCUGAAAGAAGGACGUUUGUAUGAAGCCUUUACAUCUCCCAAUGUUACUCUGCCCAUCAGCUCCCGCCCACAACGCAUUGGUAUCUUCCUGAAUUAUGAGAAAGGAGAGCUGACCUUCUAUAAUGCAGACAGCCCUAAUGAGCUCAUUCCUCUAUAUACAUUCCAGGCAGAGUUCCAGGGAAAGUUGUACCCUGUUCUAGAUGUGUGUUGGCAAGAGAGAGGAACUAAUCCUCAACCUCUUAUAUUGCCAUUUCCAGAAAGAGUGGUAAAGACCAUGUGA